GUUUCGGUAGCAAGCUGUGCCAUCACAGCAGCAUCUCUUUCCCAUCUUCUUCUCUCUGUGCUUCUUCGAAUUGAUGAAGCACCCACCCAGAAAAGAAAACAAAAACAAAAAAAAAACCUAAUUCGGGGUCACUGAAGACCAGAAAUGAGCUCUUUUUCGAUUAGAAAGUCACCAAAUUCAUCCUUCAUCUUUCCAAAAUACGCUCCUUUACUUGUACGACAUCGUUUCACUCUCCCAUUGCUCGUCCCCGCUCUCAAACCGCCGAGAUUCCGCGUCGUCUCGUCCCUCUCCGGUACCUCAUGGGUCUCUCAAGCUUCCAAAGACAAAUAUGGUGGCUGGGCUCUUAUUGAAGACGAAGCUCCUCUUCCUCAUUUGAAAAGUCAAAAAAAAUGGCGGAAUGUUGUGAUCACUGGUGUUGGAUCGUCGCUUGCAGUUCUGUUAGCUACUAUUGCUUACUUCUCAAUCUCGAAAAAAGGGUUUAGGCUAUGCUUUAGUAAUCCAUUGCAUUAUUAUGAUAAUGUGGAUUUGGAUCAGAAGGAGCAUGAAGAGAGUGAAAGAACGACUGAUGAGAAGACUUCCGCUUCUGAGGAAAGCGUUGACUAUGUUUCAGAUACUGUUGUUGACACAGCAUCAACCGUAAAAGCUCACCAUGUCACCACUCCAGUUUCCGUGGAUGCUGCUCAACAAGAAGCGAUAGCAGUUUUGAAGAAACUAAAGAUAAUGGAAGACGGUGUAAUGGCAGAGGAGUUGUGUACCAGACGAGAGUAUGCUAGAUGGCUUGUUCGUUCAAAUUUGUUAUUAGAGAGAAAUCCAAAGCACAGGAUUGUGCCUGCAGUAGCUUUAGCUGGCUCUUCGGUUCCUGCAUUUGAAGAUGUGAAUACCACAGACCCUGACUUCGAGUACAUACAAGCCUUGGCAGAGGCAGGCAUUACUUCCAGCAAGCUAUCCGGAGAAGAUACUCUAAAUGAGCCGAGAAACUUCAACUUUUAUCCUGAAAGUUUUGUUUCCCGACUCGAUUUGGUGAACUGGAAAGCUCAGCUAGAGUGUGAUUACCAUCCUGAAGUUAUGGAAGAGAUAUCAAGGACAAAGGUAGACUAUAUAGACACGAAGAAUAUCAAUCCUGAUAUGGCCCUUGGAUUCUUCUUGGACUUCUUGAUGGGUGACGAGAGUACGAUCAGAAACGUUUUUGGUAGGAUCAAGCGGUUUCAGCCGAACAGACCUGUGAGUAAAGCACAAGUGGCUGUAGCAUUAACAAGUGGUAAAAUGGCCAAAGCUGUUUCAUCUGAGGUAUCAAGGUUAGAGGCAGAGUCCUUCUUACAGAAAGCUGAGAUGGAAGAAAUCAGAUCGGAGUUGCUAGAGAGAGGCGAGAUAAGGCAAUUUUGGGAUGAGAAGCUUCAGGUAGAGAGAUCUCGAGGAGUUCAGAUGGAAGAGAUGUAUCUCUCCAGAGUUAGUGAAUUAGAACAAGAGAAGACAGCUCAGAUGAAGUGGUUUGCCGAGCGUUUGAAAGAGAAAGCAGCCAGAGAUUGUCAGAAACAGUUGCUUCAUAGCUUGAGAGAAGAUACUGAUGAGAUGUCUGUGAGGCUAACAUCGAAUAAAUCUGUUUAUCUGGUUGAACACAGUGAGUUACAAGAGAUGCUGAGUGACGUACAAUCCAAACUUGAGUCGCUGCUCGACAAAAGAUCAAUCCUGGAAGCUGAAGUCGAAGCUCUUCGAAUUCUCAGAUCUUGGGUAGAGGAUGAAGCUAAGGCAAGCCAAGCAAGAGCUAAGGUGCUCCACGAGGCGGGACGAAGAUGGAAAUGGAACGAUGAAGCUUGAAAUUUUCAUAUAGUAUAAAAAUUGUUGUGUAAUUCAUGAUUGUGUGUGGCUAUAUGAGUGUUAACAUCCGAAUUCUGAGAUGAAGCAAAACAAGAUACACUUCAAUUUUGUUGGUUAAUAAUCAUUAUCAAACUACUGGCCACCGCUAAUUUUUUUUUAAUAGAUAGGCCUAAGAGAAAGCAGGUCUCCUCCAC